CAUGGAGCAAAAGCGGCCAACCAUCGCCGGCGAUGAAGAACUGGCGGCGGAGAAACCGUUAAAACCGGUACUUCAGAAACCUCCGGGGUUCCGUGAUCAAGAGAAUCCAUCAGCUCUGCCGUCUGAAACGGCGACUCUUCCACAUCGCCGUCCGAGGCCUAUCCAUCCGGCGUCACUCUACCCGGAGAAGAAACGGCGGCGGAGCUGGUGCCGCGUUUUCUGCUGCUGCCUCUGUAUCUUCGUCGCCGUGAUUCUCCUCCUCCUCAUCGUCGCCGUCACAUUUUUCUUCCUCUGGUACAGCCCGAAACUCCCCGUGGUCCGCCUGGCCUCUUUCAAAAUCAGCAAAUUCAACUUUUCCAGCGGAGGUUCCGACGACGGUUGGUCGUUUCUGACGUCGGAUGCGACGGCGAUGCUCGAUUUCAGAAACCCCAACGGAAAGCUUUGGUUUCAUUACGGAGAUGCUGACGUGGCUGUGAUUCUCGGAGAGAAAGACUUUGAGACCAAUUUAGGGUCAACGAAAGUCAAAGGCUUUAUUGAGAAGCCAGGGAAUCGGACGGCUGUGAUCAUCCCGACGAGGGUGAGGAAACGACAGGUGGAUGAUCCUAGGGCGAAGAGGCUACGGGCAGAGCUGAAGAGUAAGAAGCUGUUGGUGAAAGUGACAGCUAAGACGAAGGUUGGAUUGGCUGUGGGCAGUCGCAGGAUUGUUACUGUGGGAGUUAGUUUCAGAUGCGGAGGCGUUAGAUUACAAACGUUCGAUUCGCAAAUGGCCAAAUGCACCAUCAAAUUGCUGAAAUGGAUCAAAUUGCGCUCGUGAGAAACGGUGUUAUGUAUGGCGAAAUGCCUCAAAUGGUCGAAAGACAUGUCAAAAAUCAUAGAGCUUAUAUACGAGGGCUUAAUUUGUACCUACUUUUUAUUUAUUUAUUUAACUUGUCAAAUAUUUUCUUCAGCCAUAUUUCUUAUCCAGAAUCAUUAUUAUUUAUUUUUUUUUUG